GAGUUGACUUUUUGGAAUUUUUGAUAUCCGCUAACGGUGCAAGUGUGUGACGUACCCCAACAAUUUAUCCAUCCAACAAUGGACUGGCGACCGCCUUCUGUCCAAGCAGCAGCCAUGGGCCUGCUGCUCUGUUGGCUGCUCCUGCCCACAGCGCAUGCCUGGAGCUUGCCGGCACCGGCCUCGGCCUCGGCUCGCGUCUCCUCCGUGUCAGUGCCAAUCAGAGCAGCAGCUGCAGCACCUGUUGCCCGACGCUUAAAUGAGGUCUCGCCGUACUUGGACUUGGCCUUGUGCCCCAUACGCGCCGAGCCAUGGACCUGUGCACGCCAGCAGUCGGCCAGGAUAUUGGAUUCCUGGGAUGGCGAAUUGCAUGCCCAAUGGCAGAAGUUAAAGGUCGAGGCCGAUCGCCAGAUGAAUGCAACGAUCGAGAGACGCGGCUACAGCUUCUCGGAGCUGCCCCUGAAAGAGAAGCCAUCGACGAUACUAAAGAAAAUUGAAAUCGGCACGAAUUAUAUGAAGAAAUAUCUGGCCGAAUCCAUGGACGGCUUCCUUGGCCGCGAAUACGAGUAUUUGCAGACAUCGAAAGCCACGCCAGAUGAGAGUGAAAACGAUCAGAGUGGGGAAGACGAUGAUGAAGACGAUGAGGCGGAUGCUGAGACGACAGCAGACAGCAGCGACACCGCUGAGGAAGCUGACCAGGAGGAAGAAGACGCUGAAGAUGCCGAAGACGCAGAAAAAGACGACGAAGGCGACGCUGACGACGAAGAAGAUGCUGAUGAUGAUGAUGAUGAUGAUGAUAAUGAUGAUGAUAAUGCCUCAGACAACAACACAGCGGAGCGUGAGCCCGAAGGUGGGGAAGAAGAGGCCGAAGAUGACGAAGCGGAGCCAGAAAGUGAAAAUGCACCCGUUGCGAGUGUUUUCAGCGCACAGCCGCCAGCAGAGCUGCAGGGCGACGAUGUCAAGAAUACGGUCUUCAGCGAGGACAGCGCCUCCACGGGUGCAGAGUUCAUAGAGCUGGUGGAUGGCGAGGAGACGGCCGCGGGAGCUGUGAAGAAACCUGGAGGCGGUGGCAAGCGCAAAAAGGACAAAAAGAAGAACAAGAAGCGCCGGAAGAAGGGCCAAAAGGGUCAACAUGGACACGGACAGGACCAGGGACACACACAGCCAGCCACUUUGGUGGUGGUGCAGCAGGCGCCCGAACACCACGAAGAGGACUCUGGCCACGGUCAUGGCUCGCAUAGCGUUAGCCACGGCCAAGGACAUGGCGGCGGCGGUGGCAGUGUGGAGCACGAUGAUGCCAGUGGUGGGGCCGUCUCCAAGCCCAACAAGCGGAAGCACAAGAAGCGCGUCAAGGGACGACGCAAGCGAAAGGGACAGCACGCGAGCGGUGGAGCGGCGGUGGAGCAUGAGCAGAGCGAUCUGAGCCUGGGACUGGGACUCCUGGACGACCUGACCGAAGCCAAUGACGAGCUGCUCGGCGGCGGCGGCAAGCGCAAGCACAGGAAUCCAAUUAGAUAUGGUAGAAGUAACGGAGUGACCCGUGGCAAGAAGAAGAAGAAGAAGAAGGCUCUGGCUAAAGUAAUGCUGGUCGGCACCUUCCUGAAGGCCAAAAUUGAGUUGCUGCUGAAGAUCCUGGGCGCCCAUCUGCAGGUCAAGUUCUUUGCCAUAGCACUCAUUGGCUUAUUGAUCAACAUUGCCCGCUUCUGGAUCGACGUGAAACGCGGCAGUCCGCCGUCCAAGGUUGUAUACGUUGAACAUGCCCACCAUCAGCACCACUACGAGGACCAUGGCGACGACUGGAGCGAGCCGGGCAGCUACUGGAAGCGCUCCCUGCAAACGGACCCAUCCGUUGAGGAUGUUGACUCAUCCACGGACAGCUAUCAGAUCCGUGGGCAGCAUCAACAUCAGCCACAGCAGCAGCAGCCACAGGACUCCCAUUAUCUGGCCUAUCGCAACCAGCAUCAAUGGCAGUAGAUCCGAUGCCCCCGAACCAGCACCCCACCAAUGAGAGCCCCAGCUGCCUGCACUCCAAUGGAGCCCAGCAGCAGCCGCCCACAGCUGCCUGCUAAUUAAUUUAUUGCGUGUAUUUAUUUGAUUUUAUAUCGUAUUAUGAAGCUGAUUAUUAAAUAAUCCCCCCAGUUAAGGUCCUAGCUCAAAAUUAAUUGUAGCACAAACAAACAAAAACAAAUGCCAGUAAACCAAUUUUAGUUUUUAACCCUAGACGGAGAACCCUUAGUGCAAUGCCCUUAAAUGUAAACUAAAUUUUAAAUUUAUUUUAACGCUUUCGAUAGCUGAAAUUCGAUUGAAGGAAGAAACGCUUAGAGCUAAGUUAUU